AUGGCCGCAGCUGGUGGAGACCCGUUUCUUGGAAGCCCGUUUCAAUGGUCUUAUGAAAACUACGAACGCUCCCUUGUGGGGGACGAAAUCGAUGGCCGGAAGGAUCUCCGAGGCCAUUUACAUCGCGCGCUUGGCGAUGAGGAGAGUGAACCAUCGCGGACCGCGGAUGCGCCUGUUAAGGAAACCCAACCCCGUCCUUGGAAGUGCCCUGAAACAACCUGCAAGUAUCACAAGUACGGCUGGGCCACGGAGGAGGAACUGAGCCGCCACGUUAAGGACAAGCAUAACUCGGCGCCUCCCAUCUUCCAGUGUCAAUUCCCACCCUGCCCCUACAAAUCCAAACGCGAGUCGAACUGCAAGCAACAUAUGGAAAAGGCCCACGGGUGGAAGUUCGUUCGUACCAAGACCGGAGGCCGCAGAGACUCAGCCGGCAGCAUUGAAGGCUUCAAUCAAGGCGAGAGGCCUGAUGCAAUAAUUCCCCCUGCAGUGUUCCCCUCCCGGGAGGAUGAGUUUACAUUUUCUCCUUUCGAAGGCUAUGGCAGAGGCAUAAGAAAGCUAGAAACACCCCCAUCAGUACGACGUGGGCAGCCUUACGACCCUGAGCAAGGAUGCUUCCCUGAGUUAGGGACCGAGACGCUGGUCUCGCCCAGCCAAACAACAGUGUGGCAUGAUUCACGGCCAAUAGUUAUCUGCGCCAAAGAGGGCUGUGGUAUCCAGACUCUGAAAAGCCCAUUCUGCAUCUACCACAAGUGCUUGGUUCGAGAAUGCUUCGCACCUGUCGCCCGACACGUUGGUGGAUACUGUCUGACACACUGCUGCGCUAUGCCUACGUGUGUAAGGGGAAAGGUUGAUAUGAAUGACGCCAAUGGCCUGUGUCUCGACCAUGGCCGAGAAGGCCUGGAGGAAGCGAAGGCCUCAGCCCCUUCUUCUGAGCAGCACCACGGCUACGUUGAUGAAUCAGGGAAGCGCAGAGUUGAGCCUCACGAUUCUGGAGCAAGAGAGGCGAACACCCGCCUGGAGGAGCAGCGCAGACCGCCUGGCGAAAUAAAUACCGGGUCGUCUGGGGAGCUUGUGCCUGAGAGCUCAGCACCAACCCGAAACGUAGCCGAUCUCUCAACCAGGUACUCCGCAGCGCGGAGCAUGUAUUUACCUCUGUCGGGUGACACACCCCAAGCAAGCGACAACCGAAUCGCCCGGACAAUGACGGAUGCGCCCAGCGAUGCGCCCACCGACACAAACCUGUUUGGAUCGUACCUGUCUUCCGACGGCUCGAGUGACAGCGAUUCAUUCCUUUCCCUCGACGAUCACUUGCGCUACCUUGAGCCGAACGAAUUCUCGCUCCUCCCACAGCUGCCUAGUCCCGGCGACGGUCCGCCGCCAGACGACCGGCCCGAGGCGAUGAGCAUAGCGCCCGUUCUGAACGACGGUGCGGCGCCGCCUGCUCUGCCCCCGCCACGGCACGUUCCUCCGGUCCCAUCGCCCGUGAACGAGCCGAUGCAGGGGUCUGAAGGGGUUGAUGCGAACGAAGAAGCCUUGUUUACGCAGAUCGGGGAAGCGAUGGGCAUACCGAUUGGGGAUGAUAUAACGCUGGCGUCGGCCGAGGCUGGAAGUCCGCGACCACGGGGGAAGUGA